GGAUCCCUUUUCUUACUGUAUAUUCCAAAUAAAAGAGGUUGAAACCAAAAUAUCAAGUUUUAAGCGAAAAAGGAUGUGUUUGUGUGUAGAUGAGUGAAUGAACAGAAGAAAAUCACUAAAUGUUAGCUAUCUAUAUAAAUUUGCUACUGCCUCACACAGAUGAUCCGAAGAGAAUCUGUAGACAUCCUGGGAUUAUUCUCAAUUGAAAUCCAAACAAAGAAAGGUAAUUAUAUUUUACAUUUCAAUUGGAUUUUGUGUAGCAAGGUUCUGAUUGUAGAUGGAGGCUUAGAUCUUCUAGUGGAUUUUAUAUAAAAUGAAUAGUUCAUUUCUCAAAGGCUUGAAUAGGCCUUAGGAGUAUGUUCUGUGGGCGAGAAAAGCGUUGUUGAUUGGACAAAAAUUUACCACCCUAACUCUUUGGACGUCCAAGUACAACUUUGAACAUGGUCCUAGUGAUGUCAAACUUAAUACAUGUCCACACACUAAUUCAACUUGUUUCCACCCCUUUUUCAAGCUCAACUUCUUGGAUAAAAUAGUACUACUCUCUAACUUAAUACAAAAGUUUGUGGUCAAAACGUUAAACACGCAAACAUCUGCCAUUUUUGUCAGCUAGUCCUAAAUAGCCAUUAAUUCGAAACCUUAGCACGGCCAAAUAAGUAGUAGUUUCAUAUUCGGUAUAAAUUGGGAUGCAGAAACAACUCGGAAGCUAACACAGGAAUAUCUUGGCAUUGUGGAUUUCUUCUUAACUAGGUGGUUGUUUGGCCGGCCAGUAAAGUGGAAAAAAGUAUUGAACUUGUAAGAAAUAAAACAGAGCAAAAGUUAUUAUAUAGAAAUGUUUUCCUCAUCUUGAUUUCCAUAGAUUAGAAAGGGAGUUCCUUUCAUUUUAUCAAAUAUUUGUCGGGAGCUAAGCAGAUUUUGAAAGAAGAAUGGCAGGAGGAGGAGUUGUUAUUGUAGGUGGAGGGAGGAAGUAUGAUGGUGGAAUAACUUUCUUUGUGGUGAUCACUUGCAUAGUUGCUGCCAUGGGAGGUCUCAUCUUCGGUUAUGAUCUGGGAAUCUCAGGAGGGGUUACUUCAAUGGAAGAUUUCCUAAAGAAGUUUUUCCCAUCAGUUUACAACAAAAUGAAAGACGAAACAAAUGAUGCUAACCAGUACUGCAAAUUCGACAGCCAGCUGCUUACAUUGUUCACUUCUUCCCUCUAUGUUGCAGCACUGGCAGCUUCAUUCUGUGCUUCUGUCGUGACAAGGUCAUUUGGUCGAAAAACAUCGAUGUUGAUUGGGGGUUUGGUGUUUCUUAUUGGCUCUAUACUAAAUGGUGCUGCUUUAGACAUUGAAAUGCUCAUAAUUGGUCGCUUAUUACUUGGAGUAGGAGUUGGUUUUGCUAAUCAGUCAGUUCCACUUUAUCUAUCAGAAAUGGCACCACCAAAGGUCAGGGGAGCUCUCAACAUAGCUUUUCAAAUGGCCAUUACGCUUGGAAUUCUAAUAGCGAAUUUCGUGAACGUUGGCACAGCAAAAAUAAAGAGUGGAUGGGGAUGGAGACUCUCCUUGGCUCUAGCUGCUGUCCCUGCAGUGAUGAUGACAAUUGGAUCAAUCUUUCUACCUGACACUCCAAAUUCAAUCCUUGAAAGAGGCAAUAUUGAGGAAGCAAGGAAAAUGUUGAAAAAGAUUCGUGGAACCGAGAAUGUGGACGAAGAAUUCCAUGACUUGAUCGAAGCUUGUGUGGCCGCAAAGAAAGUUGAACAUCCAUGGAAGAACAUAAUGCAGCCAAAAUAUAGACCUCAGCUUGUGAUAUGCAUACUUGUUCCUUUCUUCCAACAGUUCACUGGUAUCAAUGUGAUAAUGUUCUAUGCACCAGUACUGUUUAAGACUUUAGGUUUUGGAAGCAAUGCCUCUCUUAUGUCUUCUGCUAUCACCGGUACUGUCAAUGUCUUUUCCACAGUAGUUUCCAUUGUGUGUGUUGACAGGUUUGGAAGGAGGUUUUUGUUCCUUGAAGGCGGCUUACAAAUGUUUAUUUGUCAGGUAUUGGUAGCAGUCAUGAUAGGAAUGAAUUUUGGGACCAGCGGAGAAGGAUCUUUAUCGACAAGUCAAGCGGAUAUACUAUUGUUCUUGAUCUGUGCAUAUGUAGCAGCGUUUGCAUGGUCUUGGGGACCAUUGGGUUGGCUGAUACCAAGUGAAAUAUGUCCUCUAGAGAUCAGAUCAGCAGCACAAGCUAUCAACGUCUCUGUAAACAUGUUAUUUACCUUCAUAGUUGCUCAGGUUUUCCUUUCCAUGCUUUGCCACCUGAAGUUUGGACUUUUUUUCUUUUUUGCUGGUUUUGUAGUUCUUAUGACAGUUUUUAUUUUCCUAUUCAUGCCGGAGACCAAAAAUAUACCCAUUGAAGAGAUGAAUAAAAUAUGGAAAGCACAUUGGUUUUGGGGAAAGUAUAUUCCUGAUGAGGUUGGCACCAGUAACAAUGAUGUUGAGAAAAUAAGUAGAGUUGUAUAAGAGCUCAAAAUGUAUAUCGGUUAUUUUAUUAUUAUUAUUAUUAUUAUUUUGAA